AUGAACUCUGGAAGCGAUAACUGGCACUCCUCCGGUGGGCCGCCGUCGCAUCCUGGCAUCGAUCAAAUGAACCAGCAGCCUCGGCCCCUGGGGUCAUUCAGUCAAAAUCCCUCUCAGCAAGGCCAGGCUUCACAGCCCUCGGGCCCGGUACUUCCCCCUCCAGGUGCACCCUAUCACCCUAGUCAGUCAGGUGGCCAUUCUCUUCCUGGACUGGCAGAAUUAAGUCAGACCCACGGAGGUCCGCACCAACCUUCCGCGUACGGCCAGCACCCAGCAGGCCCGUCGCAUAACAGUGGCCAUUCUCUUCCCGGGAUUGGUCAAGCCAUGCAACACGCUUCUCCCCAGCUCAACCGCGAGCGGGAGCGGGACUCCAGGGAGCGCGAAAUCAUCGAGCGUCAGCGCCAGGAAGAGAUGGCUCACCGUGAGCGUGAGCGCGAGCGCGACCACCGUGAACAAAUUGAACGGCAGUUAGAACGCCGCGAACAACCCCACCACCCUGUGCAGAGCCACACUGGCUCGAUCCCCCUCCAUCAACCCGUGGCCAAUAAAGUCCCCAACUCCAUUCACGGCCCGGGUGGACUCCUCUCAACCCUCAGCGGAAACCCGCAGAACGGCCACCAGGGCGGACCUCAGUCUGCUGCUGGCUUGUUCGGUCCUCAAAUGCAGCACGGCGAAGGCACACCUCGCUCGUACAUGCAGCACCCGGGUGGUCCACCAGGACAGCCUAUGAUGGCAUACAAUGCCGCCGGGCAGCAGAUCCCAGGAAAUGUUGCAGCUCUUGCCCAGGGCCAACAACCGAUUCUAAAUGAUGCUCUCAGCUAUCUCGACCAGGUCAAGGUACGCUUCGUUGACCAGCCAGAUGUCUACAACCGUUUCUUGGACAUCAUGAAGGACUUCAAGAGUCAGGCUAUCGACACGCCUGGUGUGAUUCAACGCGUCUCGACACUUUUCAAUGACAACCCUGAUGCGAUUCGGGUCACAACCCCGUCUGGCACGAAUACACUCAGCAUGCCACGUGCAGGACGUCCCUUUGAGACAAUUACCAAUGCACCCCCCUCCAGUGAUCCGCAUGGUCGGUCUGAUUUCUAUCGUGACCAAACGCGACCUGGCUGGCAACAAGGGCAGCAGCAGGAUCAGCAGCAAGGUCCCGCCUCUGGAUCUUAUUCUCCUGGCUCGAGGAUGAUGGGCGGCAUGUAUCAGCAGGAUGGACCUGGACCCGCUCAGGAUCACCACUAUGGUUACCCCACUCAACAGGAGCAACAAGCUGCAUCCGCCAUGACUCAUCAGCAAGACCACCGAGGAGUGGCACAGCUGCAAGGCGCCGCCUCUGCAGCCUCCGCUGGACUUGCCAGGUCGUCUCUCAUGGGAGCUUCGGCCGCUGGACAGAACGCUAAUCUCACUCAGCCGAUGAACAACCUGGCUGGCGUCGGGACUGGUAUGCUCCAGGGUGCUCAGGAUCUGAACAAGCGUGGCCCCGUGGAGUUCAACCACGCCAUCAGUUAUGUGAACAAGAUAAAGAACCGCUUCUCAAGUGCACCAGAGAUCUACAAGCAGUUCCUCGAGAUACUCCAGACUUACCAGCGGGAGUCAAAGCCUAUCCAGGAUGUUUAUGGACAGGUUACUCAGUUGUUUAACACUGCACCGGAUCUCUUGGAGGAUUUCAAACAGUUCCUGCCGGAAUCUGCCGCGCAUGCCAAACAAGUAGCUGCGCAGCGCCAAGCCGAAGAGCAAGCUCCUCUUAGCAACCUCCGUGGCGAACCUGCAGGUUUCACCCAGACUCCUAACCGUGACGUCAAGAUGCCUCCUCUGGGCCAGUUCAAUGUGAAGGACCCCAAGGAAAGCAAGAAACGUCGUGGUGGCCCAGGUGGCGGUGUUGGCUCUAUCUCGGGGCCUGCCGGUUCCGAAGCUGCUCGCUUGUCUGAGGCAGGCAGAGGUGGCCAGAGUUCGCAGUUCGGUAACGCCAGCAAGAGACCGAAAUACCACCAUGGAAAGCCUUCUAUGGACAUGGCAAAUGUCUCUCCCACUUUGGUUCCUGCUCUCCCGGAGCCUCUUCCUCCCUCGGUCUCCAUGACUCCUAGUCAGGAAGAAAUCGCGUUCUUUGACCGUGUGAAGAAGUUCAUCGCCAACAAGCAAGUGUUCAGCGACUUCCUGAAGCUUUGCAACCUGUACACCACGGAUCUGCUCGACCGUCACGUCCUGGUCAAGAGGGCCGAGGGAUACAUCGGAUCCAAUGCUGAGCUCAUGAGCUGGUUCAGACGGUUCAUGAGCGCCGAAGAACCCGAGGAUAAGAUCAUCGACCCCAAGGCGAACCCGGAAUCAGGUAUCGUCAACCUGGCUCACUGCCGGUCUCUAGGACCGAGUUAUCGACUUCUUCCCAAGCGUGAACGCCAAAAGCCCUGCAGUGGGCGCGAUCCGAUGUGCAACGGCGUUCUUAAUGAUGACUGGGCUUCACACCCCACCUGGGCUUCCGAAGAUUCUGGCUUUGUUGCGCACCGCAAGAACCAGUAUGAAGACGCUUUGCAUCGUAUUGAAGAAGACCGCCAUGAUUACGAUCACCACAUCGAGGCUUGCACACGUACUAUCCAGCUGAUUGAGCCCAUUUGCCAGCAAUUCCUUUACAUGAGUGAUGCGGAACGCAUGUCAUUCAAAUUGCCGCAGGGUCUCGGUGGCCAAAGUGAGGCAAUCUACCAGCGUGUCAUCAAGAAGAUUUACGACCGUCAACGCGGCGAGAAGGUCAUUCGAGACAUGUUCCUUCGUCCAUGCCACGUCCUUCCCAUUGUCCUUUACCGCUUGAAGCAGAAGCUGGAGGAAUGGAAGGCCUGCCAGCGCGAGUGGGACAAGGUCUGGCGUGAACAGAUGCAGCGCGCAUAUUGGCGCAGUCUUGACCACCAAGCCAUCGCAACCAAGCAGACUGACAAGAAGCUCUUUGUCGCCAAGAACAUCCAGCAAGAUCUGCAGACGAAGCUUGAGGAUGCACAGGCUGGUCGCAAGAGUGGCCGGACCCCGCUCAAGUACCAAGCUGAGUUCCAGUUCAGCGAUACUCAGGUCCUUCUGGACGCUGUCUACUUGCUUUUCUUGUACUUGGACCGCAACACCAAUGGCUUUGGUGCUGAUCCCCAGCGCCUCAUGAACUUUAUCCGGGAUUUCAUUCCUACUUUCUUCGGCCUUGAUCGUUACACUUUCAACUUGUACAUGGACGAAGUCUACAAUGCCAUCAAUGAUGACGAUGACACUUACGCCACUGAGGAUGCCUCGAACGGAAGCCGCAAGGGGGCAGACUUGCAGAAGCUGGAUCUUCUGCGUGAGGCCCUGGAACGUGGAGAACCGGCCGAGAAGCCCGCUAAGGAGGAUGGUGUUCUGAACAGCCAUGAUGAACCCCCUGUUGUCCAGGUUUCUUCCACUGUGUCCGACUCCGAGGAGUCCUUUGACGUGGCUGAACUGCGCUGGAUGGAGCACCCUGGAAAAGGCAACUUCAACCUUGAACAUGAAUACACACUCAACGAGAAGUACAAGAAAAAGGAACACCACAUGUACUGCAACCUGAACAUCUUGUGCUUCUUGCGUACUUUCGAGAUCCUCUACUCGCGUCUCCUGCGCAUCAAGGAGCAGGAGGAGUCAGCUCGCGAACAAGUCCGACGCGGUGUUCUACCCAAGGCGGCCCACGAGUUGUGCUUGAUCGACCGAUUCCCAAGUGAUUUCUUCUAUGAUGUUGACCCCAAGGCCAACCUUUACAAGCAGAUCGUGCGCAUGUGCGAUGAGGUCAUCAAAGGUGAUAUCGAUCAGAUUCACCUGGAAGAGACCCUGCGUCGCUUCUACAUGCAGAGCGGAUACCUGCUCUACAACCUGGAACGUAUCUUCUCCUCCAUUUCCAAGUUCGUGGCGUCCAUCUUCACCGGUGACUCUCGCGACCGCAGCUCCGAUAUCGUCAACCUCUUCUUCAAGGAACGGGAGAAGGAGGAGACCACCCAUCACCAGGAAAUCCAGUACCGCAAACAAGUUGAGCGACUGGUCAAGGAUGGUGAUAUCUACCGUGUUACUUUCUACCCCACCGACCGCCGUGUCACCGUCCAAGUGAUGACCAGCGAAGACGCAACCCUCAACAACGAUGAACUUACUCCCGAGGAGCGCUGGUCCUACUACGUGACCGCCUACUCGAUGCGUGACCCCACCGAAGGCGUGCAAUUCUCCAAGAUGCGCAUGCCCCUGCUGAAGCGCAAUCUUCCUCCCAAGCUCGAAGAAGAUGAGGAGUAUGAGCGCUACUACCGCAGCCUGCAGCACCACGACGGCCUGACCAUCCGCAUCUGUGCCAACAACUACACCAUGUUGUACCAGCCGCCCACCUACGACUGGUUCUGGCGCUCUAACGCCCCCAUCCCGGAGAAAGAUGCCGACGCCGACGCCAUCAAGGCCCAGGCCGAGGAGCUCGCCAAGGAGAAGGCCGCCCUGAAGGAGAAGCGCCACGACCGCUUCGUGGAGAAGUUCGUCAACAACCCGGCCUGGGCCCGCGGCCUCAGCAAGGACCAGGUGGACGAGAGCAACCAGCGCUUCCGGUCUUGGGUCGACGGGACCCUCUCUGACAGUCCUGGUCCAGGCCGUGAGGGCUCUGCGUCUGGCUCUGGCUCCGCCCCCGCUAAUGCGGAGGAGAAGGAGCAUGGCGGAGACGUUGAGAUGACCGAUGCCGAGCCCACCGAGGCGUAG